GAUGAAAUUGAAAACAGUUCACAACUUGCCAUCGUUAUCAUAACAACAAUUAAAUUUAAUUGUUUUAAUUUAAUUUUAUUUCGUUAUUCGGAUUUACCAAGUUUCGAAAGUGAAAACUAAACAAAAUGUUCACCUAUCAAUGUAUCGUUAUUGUUACCGUUCUUUGUGCGCUCUCUGAAGCUGCUGUACCUUAUGCACGAACUCGAGCUCGAAGUCAAUAUCGACCUGUUGCUUAUGCGGCUGCAGAAGCACCAACCUUGAACUACGCCGCUGCUGCCGCUGUCCCAGCUCCUGCCCCAAGGCGAUACGCUGCCGCUGCCGCUGCACCAGUCAGAUAUGCCAACGCUGCUCCAGUUAACACUGGUGCUUAUGUCGCAGGUCCAGAGGAAAACUAUGCUCCUCAACCUCACAAUUUUAAUUACGAUGUAACCGAUGAAUAUGGUAAUCAACGUUAUCAUCAAGAAACUGGUGAUGGCUCAGGUCGAGUGACUGGUUCAUAUGGUUAUCGUGAUGCUUAUGGUGUUUACCGUUAUGUUGAUUAUGUCGCCGAUGAAAAUGGUUUCCGAGCAACAAUCAGAUCCAACGAACCAGGUAUGGACAAUCCCGCUCCCGCCGGUGUCCAAUAUGCCCUCGAGCAACCACCACAAAAUGUUUACCUUGGUGCACCCAAAGAGGCAACAGCAACACGAAACUAUCAAUCAUAAAUAUCCAACAAUUAACUAAUCACAAUCUUUUUGCCAACAACAACAAAUUACAAAAUAAAAUGACGAAGAAAAAAAAAUAGAUCAAUCUAAUUGUAAACUUAACUGUAAUCCGAGUUUGAUUUAAAACAAUUAAAAUUUUAUUCACAUUUUUA